UUCCUCUAAUUCACCCAAUAUAAUUAAAAAAAAAAACCUAAUAAAAUGCAUAAACGAUGCCAUUUUUGCGUAGAUUCAUUUCUAAAACACGUAUAAAAGGGAAUAGAAGAAGAAGAAGAAAGGAGAACAGAAGAAAAAGAGUCGCAAAUCGUCUGUGGUUAUUUGCUCCAUGAAAAGUUUCUGAGACCCAAAAAAAAAAAAAAAUGGAAGGUGAAGAUAUCAAUUGCAAUUCAAUAAGCAUAACUGUGAAGUUCAGCGGACGAUCCAUACCAAUCUCUGUUUCUCUGGACUCAACGAUCAAAGACUUCAAAUCUCUUCUUCAACCUCUCACCAAUGUUCUUCCUCGUGGCCAAAAGCUCAUCUUCAAAGGAAAGUUGUUGGUGGACUCCAUGACUUUGAAGGAAUCGGAGGUCACAAAUGGGGCUAAGGUCAUGCUCAUGUCCUCCCAGGGAUUGCAUCAAGGGGAUGGUCCCAUUUUAAAAGAUGCUAAAACCCGUCCCAUCUCAAGGGCUAAUCUUGCUAACAAAAUGGUGAAUCAAAAGACUGAAUUUUCUAUAGAUAAGAACUGUUUGGAUCGAUGGAAAGUCACAGGAGUUAUUGCUUUGGCUGAAUGCAACUUGAAGGUGCUACCUGAUCAAGUGUGGGCUUGUGGACCUUCUACAAGAGUCCUUGACAUCAGCAACAAUUUGAUUCAAGAUUUACCAACCAAAAUUGGCUGUAUGAGUUCUCUGCAGAAACUGUUCCUGAAUGGAAAUAGCAUGUCAGAUGAAUCUAUUUAUUGGGAAGGCCUAACAUCUCUAAAGCAUCUAACAGUUCUAUCUUUGAGCCAAAACCAUUUAACGGUGUUGCCUUCUGAAUUGGGUGCUCUGAGUUCCUUGAAGCAUCUUAAUAUCUCAAACAACAAGUUGAAUUGCCUCCCAGUUGAAAUUGGACUCCUCAUUCAGCUGGAGGUUUUGAAAGCCAACAAUAACAGGAUGUGCACCAUUCCAACAUCUAUAGGGGAGUGUAAUUCCCUUGUUGAGGUUAAUCUUUCAUCAAAUCUUCUGACAGAAUUGCCGGAGUCAUUUGGCAAUUUGCAUAAUUUGAAGGCUUUGUACCUAGGUAAUAAUGGGUUAAAGUCUCUUCCUUCUGGAUUAUUCAAGAUGUGCCUGCAACUCUCAACACUUGAUCUCCAUAACGCAGAAAUCACGAUGGAUAUUCUUCGUCAGUUUGAAGGAUGGGAAGAUUUUGAUGAACGCCGUCGCUCAAAGCAUCAGAAGCAACUGGAUUUCCGAGCUGUGAGCUCUGCUGAAUUUGAUGAAGGUGCUGAUAAAAAUUGAUGAUCUGGUUCUGGGGUUACAUUUGGCACUAGAACAAAUUAUUGGCUCAAGAUUGUUUUCUUAUACAUGGCACAAUUUUGUUCUAGAUCCUGAUGAAAAUUGAUUAUGCUUUGAUUGAGUUGCGAGUAGCGUGUAUGCUGAUGGUGUCCAAUUACCCGAAUUGUUCAAGUCACAUUGUUUAGCAAUAUGUGACUAAUUUCUUGUCA